CUGCCGCAUCACGUUAAAUUGCAUAUCUGCCAAUGUCUUCUCUUUAAAUGAGAGGACUAGUACGUAAUAUGAAGCAUUUAUAUGGAGUAUAAACCAAUCUGAUUGUGAAUGCUGAAACAUUAAGGAUUUCAAGAUGUUGGUGGAAGUCGGAAGUAGGCAUCAUUCCCGUUACACUCCAUCAACUGGAAUGACUGCUAAGGAACUUUGCGAAAAUGAUGAUUUAGCCACUACUCUGGUUUUAGAUCCUUACCUUGGUUUUACAGCACAUAAAAUGAAUAUAUGUUUUACGUCUUUUGUUGUGGACAAAGGGAAGCUUCAUCAAGGCAUAAUGAAUUUCAUAAAACAUCAGAAUUAUGACAAGGCUUACAAAGUUUUAACUGCUUGGGACUGGUUUCCUAGAUACAUGCACUCCAAAACUCCUCAUCAGCAAAGUACUUUUCGGGAACAUAUUUUUCGGUAUCUUAGAGUUUUUGAUAAACAUUCUGGUUUCAAAGUCUGUGUUUGUGAAAGAUAUUCUUUAGAAGGAAAUGUUGGAGCUAAAGUUUGUGCUACCAAAAAAUGGUAUAAAAAUGAUAAAAUGCUGUAUCUCGUUGGCUGCAUAGCAGAAUUGUCUGAAAAAGAAGAAGCAGAGUUAUUGGAGCCUGGGAAAAAUGACUUCAGUGUAAUGUAUUCAUGUCGUAAAAAUUGCGCUCAGCUUUGGCUUGGCCCCGCUGCCUUCAUAAAUCAUGACUGUCGCCCAAAUUGCAAAUUUGUAGCUACAGGUCGUGACAGUGCGUGUGUUGAAGUAUUGAGAGAUAUUGAUGCCGGGGAAGAAAUUACAUGCUUUUAUGGCGAAGAUUUUUUUGGAGACAAUAAUUGUUAUUGUGAAUGUGAAACUUGUGAAAGGAGAGGAAGAGGAGCUUUUAGUGCUAAGACCCCAAAGCAUGAUUUGUAUCUAGAAUCCAAACUUGUUUAUUCUUUGAGAGAAACAGACAAUAGAUUGAAUCGAUUCAAGAAACAAGCAAACGAUAAAAACAAACCUAUAAGGCAAAAUGACUUACUCUCUAAUUUAUCAGAAACAAAAGGAUCAAGUAAUAACUGCAGUGAUGUUCUGCAAGUGUUUGAAACACAGAAGAAGAAAGUUAAAAAUCGCAAGCAGCUUAACAAGGAAGUAAAGCAGUCAAUUCAGAUGGAAAAUGAAGACUCAAUUGAAAUACAAAAUAAUUUUGUAAGCAACUCCACACAAGAUAUAGAAAACUUUCCAGAUGGAAGUCUAGAAUCUAGUAAUGAUGAAAAGGCACCAAAAGAAAAUUCUGAAGUUGAAAUUUUGCCCAGUGAAAUUCCCAUUGAACCAGAGUCUCAAAAUGAAAUAAGUCCUAUCUCCCCAGUUGCUGCUAUCCAUAGCCCUGUAUCAAAAGUUGAAUGUGCUGAUUCAUUUUGUGCGGACUCUGAUGUCCUUUUUGUACAAAAUGUGGACAUGGAGAAUGUUGCUAAUCAGGAUUCCAGUAGUGGUUCAGAAAAUGGUGAUCUUGUUAAUACAGAUUUGGAGACUUCCCUUCCUGUAAGCAGCAAAUAUCAAAGUGAUUCAGGCAUUGGAUCUGAAAGCAAUGACUUCCCAAACGACUUCACUACUGCGCAAGAUGCUGUGAUAAUUUCUGUUCCACUGGUUGACGUUCAAGAAAGCACCAUGUUUCCUAGAAUAGAAAAUAGUGAGAAUGAUGAAAUUUCAAAGUGCAUCAAUGAGAAGGAGCCAUUUUUUUCGUCUCCUUGUCACGAAACUGAAAUAGUGGACGACCAAGAUAUUGGUGGCCACGACGAUGAUUGUAAUGUUUUGUCCGGCAUGAAAGAAACUUUAAAAUCAAUUACAGAAAAAGUUUCAUCUCCUGAACCUGAAUUCCUAACAGACAUUUGCCUUUCACACGAUGAGGAAGUUGUGAGGGAUGCUUCAUAUCCGUCCACAGUAGAAUUUAAGUGGACCAGUGAGAAACAAAAUUGCAUGAAAAUAGCUUCGAUGGCUGAACGAGACAAUAUGCCUUCAUCUCCUUGUGAACGCUCAAAACUCAUUCUUCGUAUUAAAAGAACUAAUUCAGGGAUAAUUUAUUCAUCAACCAAUCCCUUUGGUUUUAAGAAACCUGAAAAGGGAGUGAUUUCUUCAAAUUAUGGAAAGAGUUUCACUCAUAAUAAUAAUCAUUUUAAAAAGAAAAAGAGUAAGCACAAAAGUCACCACCAUCACCGCCACCACCACCACCAUCAUCACCAUCAUCACCACCACCACCAUCACCAUCAUCGGCACCAUAGAACUAAUGAUGAUCAUCGCAAUAAAAUACUAAAACGUAAUUUUUGUGAUUCUCCUAUAUCUUAUGAACAUAAUAACAUUUCAGAUAAUUAUAUUGGUGGUGAAAAUUUUUCCGAAUUCCUUAAAAGGGUUGGGGAGAUAAAAUUCAAGAGAAUAAAAUUGAAAUAUGGAUGCAACAAUUUGCUUAGUAUUGACAUUCCACCUAUGAAGCAUAAGAAAGUGUCUUAAUUUUUUUUAAAAAAAUUAAUUUGUUCUUGAAAUUUUUAUAGCAAUAUUGUUUAUUGUAUAUAGAAAUUGUUUUUAUUGUUCUUAACACUGCCAUUGUACAGUUCUUAAACUGAUAUCUUUUGUGUAAUUCUUCUGGAUCUUGAAGUAUAAACUGCAUUAAUAUGCAGUUACCCUUAAAUAACAUAUAGAUGAUAAGCCCUUAAUAUGCUGAUGGUAAAGAUGUUCUGCCAACAGUUUUUAUACUGUGAACUAAAUCUUAAAAUAAAAUUUUUAUUGCUGUAACAAAAUUCAUUACAUUUUAUUGUAUUUUUAAAAAUAUUUUAUGUGAACAUUUCUUCUAAAAUAGCUUUAUAUAGGUAGAUUAUUUAUAAUUUGUUAAGAGAUGCACAAAUUUUUAUUCAGUUUGAGAACUGUCCAUAUAACUGCUAAAAGGCAGUUAUAAAAUGGUUCUAACUGUGAUGCAUGCAAUUCUGUAAAACAGACUUUUAAAAUUUUUAUUUAUGUAUUUAUAUUAUUUUUGUUAAUUGUUGCGGUGAUUAUUUUAAGUGAAACAAACUUCAUGAAUAUUUAUUUUCAUUUUUAAAAAAAUUUUGUAAUGUAAAUUCUGCAAUAUUUGUUUUUAAUUGUUGUAUGAUAUGUCUUGUGUUUUUAUUCCAUUAAAUGAACGGUGAAAAAACUUAUUUGUAGAAUGUAAUAAGCAUAUUAAUUUAAAUGUGUAUAAUUUUUAGUUUUGAAUAAUUAAAUUUUAAAUUAAGACUUUUU